AUGGACUUGACGGCUGCAAUGAAAAAGUCCUCUUCCUCCUACGAACCGGCGCAGAACACCGCUUCAUCCCGACCAAUAUCCUCUUCGGCCUCCCGAUGCGAGAGAAAGCUAUCUGGAUGCACCAUUGGUCGCGCCAGUGACAGAUACUGGCCUGGAGAAAGUCGAGGAGAUCCAAGGGUACGCGGACCGCAACGAAUAGAAGAACUUCUUUGGCGCAACCAAGGCUGUCUAUGGUCCGCCAAUUAAAGCAACUGCACCUCUUCUCAGCGUCAAGGGAACCAAUCUACUGACUGAGAGGACGCCGAUUCUGCAGCGAUGCGAUGAACACUUCGGAGGCGUCCUAAGCCGCCUCCCCACCAUUCCCGAUGCCGCCAUCGCCCGUCUGCCUCAAGUGGAGACCAACGCCGACCUAGACCUUCCGCCCUCUACAAGAAAAUAA